GUCAGUCGAUGCGAGAUUGGGGCGCGUUGAAUCUCUCGUUGGCGAUUUUAAUUGAUAACUGGAGAUUGCAGAGUGAAAUGUCGGGGUCUAAAUGCGUUAAACCGCCGAGGAAGGCGUACACCAAGGAACCGAACGAAAUGACUCAUCAGGAGAAAUUGAAACUCAUUGAUGAAGAAUUGAAUUCAUUUUACAAGUACUGUCAGCAAGCGGGCUUCACCGAAGAAGAGAUGGACGUAAUCUGCCAGCCGCUGGUGGCAGCAAUGCGGCGAUCCUGGCUGCAGCUGGUCCUCCGUGCGACUGUCAUUCUCGUCGUCAUUGGAACCGUCGCCUGUGCGGCAGCCCAGCUCGACUUCGUCGGCACCCACUUGUCCGCAAUAACCCGUGUUCUCGCGGUGAAGAUCCUUCCCUUCUGGAACUGGCAGCAUCUCUACCGCGAGAACUGCAUGAUGAACAAUCCGUUCUACAACGAAUACCCCAUUACAGAGGAGGAUUGCGUCGUAAGAUAUACAACUUGUGAGGCCGUUGAAACAAUAGAUCGCCUCUCGGACGUCCACUACCGUCAGCUAGUCGACAAUUACCUGAGCCGCGACGCUCCCGCCAUAAUCACCGACGCCAUGGACUCCUGGGCUGUCAUGAAUACCGACUAUUUCUGGUUUGAUAAUAUAACUCAUCUCUACCUGGGUAACGAGCGCCUGAUGGAGACUGUCCCUUGCUCAUUGACAUCGAACCUGCGCACCGGCUCCUCGGAUCUCGCCGCUUUCCUCCGUCGCGUCCACUCCCCCGAAGUCGCCAAGUGGUUCGUCCACUGGCAGAACUGCGACAUUAACGCGGUCAAGGCCCUGAGGAAGUACUAUCAGCGCCCUUAUUUCCUGUCGAGCACUGUUUCACCGGCGCACUUCAACUGGGUACUCAUGUCCUCGGAUUACAACAGUCCGAGUUAUAAGAAAGUGGAGCUUGAUUCGGGUCUCAUUGCUCUGGCGCAGUUGCGCGGGGCCACGCAGUUGAGACUCAUCCCUAUCAAUCCGUGCAAUAGCUCUUGUCCUGAGCUAAUUGCGGAUCUCCAUCGAGGGGAGAUGUUGGUUUUCACCAACCUCAUGUGGAAUUUGGAAUACGCUCCUAUGAGAGGUCUCGACAACAUUGCGAUUCUCACCGAGACAGUGUGGGAUGAGGACCCAUAGAAAAAACAUCACUCAUUGGCAACAUUUUUAAGGAGACACCGAUGGAAAUUUUCAUGAUUCCCAACUCUAUCACUCUUCUACCAACGAAUUCCCACAGGAAUUCAGAAAAAUAUAUCAUAGAAUAUUCGAAAACUAUUGUAAAAGACGCCUCCAAUUCCUAAAAGUGAAUAAAACAUUACUCAAACUA